GCCACGAGAAAGCGGCGCCCCUGAUGUAUGGCAGACCCGCCGACAGUUGUCUGUUGGAGACGCGCGCAGCCGGUCACACCUGCAGCAACAGCGACAGCGACAGGAUGGACCCCUCUGGCAAGGUGGCGCUGAUCACGGGGGCUGCCGGCGGUCUGGGCAGAGCCUUCAGCAGGGCGCUGCUGACUGCAGGAGCCAAGAUUGUGGCGUCGGACGCUGACGAGGCAGCAGGGAAGAAGGCCGUGGCGGAACUGGAGAAGCAGUUCGGAAAGGGGAAGGUCAUCUUCGUCAAAGCGGACGUCACCAACAGCAGCUCGUUGGAAGAGGCCUUCAAGGCAGCCAAAUCCUCAUUCAACCGUCUGGACAUUGUUGUCAACAAUGCUGGCAUCAUGAGAGAUUCGGUCUGGGAGAAGGAAAUCGACAUCAACAUGAAGGGCGUGGUGUACGGCAUCCUGCUGGCGUACAAGUACAUGGGCAAGCAGAACGGGGGCGCCGGCGGCGUGGUGGUCAACUUGUCGUCUGUGGCGGGCCUCGAUGAAGUCCCUCAGCUGCCCAUCUACUGCGGCACCAAGCACGCUGUGUCCGCCAUGACGCGCUCCUAUGGGGACGAUCUGCACGUGAACGUGACGGGCGUGAGGAUGGUGGCGCUGUGCCCGGGACCCACGGACACGCCGCUCGUGAACGAUGCCCACCACUACUGCCUGCACGACUACGUCAAGCAGUCGCUGAUCGACGUCAUACCCACUUACGGGCCCCUCAACACGCCUGACUUCAUCGCCCAGGGCAUGAUGACUGCCAUCCGAGAGGGCAAGUCGGGCUCCGUCUGGAUGGCCAACAACAACAAGAUCAAGGAGAUCGUCUACCAGCGCCUCGUCCAAUAAGGACUGCUAUACACAUCUUUCAUUUUGUAUACGUCACAUUAUCAUGAAUAAAGCAUAGGUGAUUUGAGUGCAGCAAUAAGAGUUA